CAACUACUCAAUCAGUCUCCUGAGGCCCUCCUCCUCCUCUGUAUGCUGUAAUCAUGAUGAUGAGAAGCCAUUCUGCCCUGUCAUCCUGAGCAAAGCGCCUUUGUUUUACAGUGGGGAGAGGGCCGGGACCCGCUAAGCCCACCCCACCUCAGACAGACAGCCAGACACUCCACCAAUAGCAGGGAGGAGGUCUGGAAGCCUCGCAGCUGAAGUAAACACACAAGAGCAGGUCAGGUCUUUGUGAUGUGGUGACAUUGUUUAAAAUAUCACCAAGAGGCCCAAACAGAAAAAUAUGAGCGUUUCCUAUAGACUGCUGCAGUUUAGUUUCACUGUCUGGCUACAACAAGGUAAUAAAAUAUCCCCAAGACUGUUAGCUCUUCAAGUAAACCAAAAAAGAAGCGAGAGUGAGAUUUUUCGUCUCCAUCCAGCUGAAAACAGCAGCCUCGUCUGCCAAGAUCCGCGGAGGAUCCGCGGCGAUACAAGCUGCGAUCGCCCCGCUUCCCGGCACCGACAGACGGUCAUGGGACCGCGGGGCUCGCCGCCAGCUGGCCGGAGAGCGCAUCUUUGAUGUGUGACGCACCGGGGAGACGUCUGCACCAGAACGACCGUCUCACGCUCAAACCGGAGGAAACAAAUUUAUGAGCGUAUGAAAGAGCACUGUCCCGUUCCACUGCAGCGCGGCUUCAUUCGCGACGGGCUGCGCUUGUAAAAGAAAAGUUUGGAAAUAGACCGGAGGCAUUUUUUUUAUUCAACUUGGACGGAUUCCUGCGCGCAGACAUGCAAAAUCUGUGAACAGCAUCAUUUGAGCAACGCGCAGUCGGAGGAUGUUGACAAGUUGUCGGAAUCCUUUUAGAAUAUGAAUAAAUGAGGUGACUGUGAGAACGGAUUGAGGGCAGGUCCGUGGAUCAGGUGCGUCCUGCGCUAAAGUGCACGGGCACACGUUUACGCAGGCUCUAGGACCGCGGAGGGAGAGCGCACCUCCACCAGCUACAAGUUUGAGCUUUGUCCCGGUUUUGUUGACACUUGUAUGUCUGCUCUGUCCUCCACCAACGGCCGGAGAACAUGCGCGGCUUGUUGGAUGAGCCGUGAGACGCUGGUGGAACAUGACGAGGAAGGAUCCACCGACGCGCAGGGGCAGUUUUUGAGCCCGUCCUCUCCUCCGCGCGCUCCGGCAUGAGGCUGCGGGGCAGAAGCACCGCGGCCCGGCGGAGGAUGCUCUGUCUCUGGCUGCUGCUCCUCGGCUUCGCCCUGGUCACACUGGCGCUCUCCGGCUUCUUUAGCCGAGACAGAAGCCACGGGUAUCAGAAAGCUCCAGCACCGGGCGGCGCCCUCCGGCGGGUCCUCAGACCACCGGACCUGGAGCUCAUCGUGGACCCGCGCGACCCCGCCUUGGAGCUCGGCGCCGAUGCGGCUCCUCUGAAGUCUCUGCAGGAGGACCAGCUGUUGGUGGUGCAGUCCUCGCAAGGCAGCAGGACUCCUCCGCAGAAGAAGGGGACGUACAAGGUGCUCCUGCCGGGCGCCAAUAAGGACGCGGACGCUCCGGCGCCCGUGGCGCACGGUGGCACGGGCGGAGCGCGCCGGGCGCACGUGGAGGCGCUGGGGGAGGACGCGGAGCUGGCCGCAGCGCACAAGUACGGCUUCAACGAGGCGCUUAGCGAGGGCAUCUCUGUGCGCCGCAGGCUGCCGGAGACGCGUCAUCCUGGGUGCUUCGAGGAGCAAUACAGCGAGUCGCUGCCGUCGGCCAGUGUCGUGAUCUGCUUCCACGACGAAGCCUGGUCCACGCUGCUGCGCACGGUGCACAGCGUCCUGGACACCGCGCCCAGACGGUACCUGCAGGAGGUUCUGUUGGUGGACGACCUGAGCCAGCACGGUCACUUAAAGAGCGUUCUGGGCGAGUAUGUGGCCCAUUUGGACGGGGUGCGCUUGAUUCGCAACACCAAGCGCCUCGGUGUUGCGGGGUGCCGUUCUGUGGGCGCUGCCCGGGCGGCUGGGGAGGUGCUGGUGUUUAUGGACUCCCACUGUGAGUGUCAGAGAGGCUGGCUGGAACCGCUGCUGGAGAGGGUGGCCCAGGACAGGACCAGAGUGGUGUCUCCGAUCAUAGACGUGAUAGACUGGCAGAGCUUCCAGUACAACGCCACCCAGUGGCCGGUCCGGGGAGUGUUCGACUGGAAACUCAACUUCUAUUGGGAAUCGAACUCUCAUCAGCCAAACACGGAUGAUAAACCUCUACCGAGCCCAGUCUUAGGAGGUGAAGUUGUGGCCAUUGACAGACAUUUUUUCCAAAGUGUGGGAUCCUACGACCCUGGGAUGCUACUGUGGGGGACAGAGCAAAUUGAACUUUCAAUUAGGGUGUGGUGCUGUGGGGGCUCCAUGGAGGUGGUGCCCUGCUCUCGCGUGGCCCACUUAAACCACUACCACCUGUCGUACAGCUUCCCGGACCAGGAGCUGCUCCAGAGGAACAAGAUCCGCCUCGCCGACACCUGGAUGGACGCGUACAAGAAGAUCUUCUACCGCAGAGACACCUUCGCCCAUUUCCUCCGGCAGUCGGAGAGUCCCAACAUCUCAAAGCGUCUGCGGCUCAAGAGGAGUCUGGGCUGUAGGAACUUCCGCUGGUACCUGACGACGGUGUAUCCACAGCUCUACAUCCCCCAGGACAGACCUGGGCUGUCGGGCGAGCUGUACAACGUGGCCACGGGCAGCUGUGCAGACCACCCGCGGGGGCGGGGGCUGCGGGGUGGAGCCGUGACCGUGGCGCCGUGCAGCGGGACGGGCAGCCAGCACUGUGAACUCAACCUGGAGGGCGAGGUGCGAUGGGGCCCAAUGGGCGCCCUGUGUCUGGAUGCCCGGGCGGAGAGGGUGCUGCUGUCCCCCUGCCCCAGCCAGCGGCCCACCGCCGGCCGACUCCAGUGGAAGUUCCAAAAGCUCAGCGGCCAGCUCGUUCACCAGCAGUCCCAGCUGUGUGUGGAGGCUGCGACGGACGGAGGGGGGCUCUACCUACGGCCCUGCACCCAUCACCCCCGGCAGCAGUGGCACUUUGAGCAGCUGGUGGCGCCCAGAGGCGCAUGAACACCGCCCCCUAGUGGUGGACUUGCAACACGGGACCCCUCCGUGCAGUACUGUAUGUUCUAUGCAUAGUGAUGCGUCGAUAUGUUUACUUCAUAACGAGCUGUUCCUGUUUUAAGGAUUGCAAAUAGAAUUUAUUGUAGUGAAGAAACAGAUCAGUGUAUAUUCCUGUAUAAUAGAUUGAAUCCUCUACAAGAAAAUGAGAUUUUGGUCAUCGUUAACUCAUAACAGUUCUUCCAGUCAUAAUGUAGGAUAUGUAUCAAAAGGGCAUGUUUGGGUUGCGGCCAAAGACGCUCAGACCAGUUGACUGGAGACUGUAAAUGAGGUGAGAGUGCGAAUGGUCGUCUGCCUACAGUAUGUGGCCCUGUGAUGACUGGCAGCCUGUCCAGCGUGUGACUUAUCAGCCGUCAACAGCAGAGGGCGCCACCUGCCUUCACAAUCUGAGGCCUCCACUGUCAAACCUGUAGAAUCUUUAUGAUUUGUUUAUUUUUUUCAACAUGUUGAGUUUCACAUUGGGACAGAAACCGCCAGGGUGACGACCUUGUGCUCGUCCUGUGACUGAGCGCUUGCCCCCGGGUCCUGAAUGCUAGUUACUGUCAGAUAGUUAGCAUGGUGCGGGAGGCUCCGUUAGGUACAUGACACCUCGUUAAUAAAAGCAGGCAUCUGAUAUGUCUGCAGCUUGGAGGCAUGAGUCGAAGACCUAAAGGCAACAUGUCUAUCAAAUCAUAUCAUCCAGAAUUCCAGCCAAUAUUAAGCAAGUGUUAAAAUACUUAGCCUUACUAAUUUUUUUUAUCUUUUGCAUUAAUUGCUGGACUGACACUCGUCAUUUUGCUUUAUUAGAUUCCAGGCACUGACAUCGGUGCUGACUCCAUAAUGGAACAGUCUGGACACAGAUCAGCAGAUAGUUGGCUCUGUGCAAAUAGAAAUCUGCACCACCCGAGUGCGAGAACCCAUGUGGAACUUGGUAGAAAAAAAAAAAAUGAGUUGCUGCUGGUAAACGACUUAAAUCCCAGAAGGCGCCGGGGAUCUCUGCUGUCGCCUUAAAUGGCUGACGCGCGUGAAAGGGUCCCGUCAGAGGAUCGGCUACGCCGCCUACAGGAGUAACAGUUGCUCAGCGCGCUCCCGGUCGCGUCUCCCAGCAAUACGCCUUUAAGUGAGCACAUGCUGGAACCCACCGCCCUCGGCAGAAUACAACAUCUCCUUCUAGAACAUGUGCUUUAGAGUUUGCAGAUAUAGACUAAAAACAGCGUUGGAGCUUCUACACUGUGUAACUUGAUCUCUUUCCAUCCCUGCGUUUUGUAAUUCCUCCAGUUUUCUCCCCUUUCCAUUCACUAUAAAUCGGUCUGUGUGACAUGUUCUCUCUGAUCCUCGUUCCUCUGCUCCUCUCCCUCCCGUCGUGACACUGUCCUGCUUCUCUCUCGCCGGCUCUGACCUUUUCCUGCCCUUCUUCCCGUCCUCCAUCUUGGUGCUGAAGGGCGUGCGGUGAAUAUGGCUAACGCCCAUAGACGCUACUGUUGUUUCUCCAGCUCACAUGCAGCAUCACACAUCUUCCCGAGGACCCAGCGUGACUCAGAUGGAUGUGAGAGGCCGUGAUGCAGUGAGCUGUGGCCCCUUUAUGAAGAUCCAUGGGCCCAUUUCUCCCCCCGAACGGUGGUGGCUCCACUCACUUCGUGCACCUCAAAGAGCCUCGGGUCUUCUUUACACAGACGCGGUUGUUUCCAGAGAUUCAUAAUGUGCUUUUUGUGCAAUUAGCUCGGCGAGGAUGGGCCUCGGGACCCGGCGCCGCCGCCCAGCAAAGAUUAAGUGCAAUAAAAUGUGACAAAACCGUCGCUUGCAGCAGUAAUUAAGGUGAGAGGCAAAAAAGCGGUUUUUGAGCGUCUCAUUUAGAAAGUUGCCGGUGACAACGACACUUUAUAAAGACUCUUGAAAGUCUGAGGCAGCGUUUCAAUAACACCCUUGUGCCUGUAAAACACCAAACACCGUUCAACCGCUCCUUCAUUGCGAAUUGCUGUCCUGAAAAAAACGAAACACCCUCAUUAUAUACAAAAUGUUACAGAUAAUGAAACUGUCCCUGAUCUGAGCGUCUUUGUGCUUUAGGUAAAUGACAGUGCACAUGUCAAACAGCCAUUUAAUACUGUAACAUGAGCUCUUCUGCAAAAUGAAUAAAUAAAUAACGUUUUUAUGGAUUCAUAAACACACCUGAAGGUCUGUUCUCACUCACUCACAACUGAAUUAGAAUUCUUUCAAAAGCGACGACUGAAGCGACUCGUGCACAACACGCUGCGCUGCGGUCACGUUCCCUUUUAGGGACUCAAGGACGCUCACUGUGCAAAAUAAUAGUACAGUUUUCGAACAGAAAAAA